GCCGCGAGCUAGGGUUAUGGCCCAGCGAGCUCAAGAACCAAUCUCCCUCCCUUGAGACAAAUUUGUGCGAGUUGCCUCCCUCUCUCCCUCCCCCCUCUCUCUCUGACAUCAAGCGCGAGCGCCCCAAAUCACACGGUCCGUCUGCGGCUCGCCGCGAUUGCGGCUACCUAGCGACACGGCACUGCAUCUCUGGGGAUAUCAAUGCCGCGGUUGAUCAGGAGCCAGCCAUCGUCUUUUUAUUGCUAAAGGAUCCACGGUAACCAUGGAGUCAAUGGCAAGUGCUGCUCUAAGUAUUGGGUCAACUACGGCAAUGGGAGUUGAAGAUGAUGCCAGCAGCUCUGCCGUGGGCAUGAUCCAGUUGGUGGGAAAUGAUGAAAAUACCUACAACAUGCCAAAAAGAACUACCAGUCUUCCGUUUUGUGGGUCAACAUAUGAGCCUGAGUGUGAUGAUAACUUAAAGCCCGUAAUUGGCAUGAAGUUUGACACCUGGAAAGAGGGCAUGGCACUAUACAAAAUGUAUGCUCAUGAGGUUGGGUUCUUGGUCCGCACAUGGACAACACACAAAGAUGAUCAGGGUGUACCAGUGUGGAAGAGGUUUGUUUGUGCAAGGGAAGGUUGGCGAAAGGUGGCCACAGAUGAGGAAAGGAUAAAGCCUAAACGGAACUUCAAGUUAAGCAGGUGUGGUUGUGAGGCUAUGAUCGGAUUCAAAAGGCAAGAUGACGGCAAAUACGAGGUUGCCCGAUUUGUCCAAUCGCAUACGCAUCAACUUAUUUCGCCAAGUAAGAGACAUCUCAUUAAGUCAAAGAGAGAAGUAAGUAGUGAGUUGAGGACAAAAUUACUUACAUGUCAUAAGGCAUUGGUUGGCACAUCUGCAGCAUAUCGCUUGCUUAGUGUAGAGAAGGGGGGCCAAGCAAAUGUAGGUUGCACAAAGCGUGAUUUACAAAACUGCCACCGUGAUUUUAAAAGAGCAAUUAAGGGAGCAGAUGGACAGAUAAUAGUAGAUAUCAUGAAGAAUAAGCAAGCUGCCAAUCCAGCCUUCUACUUUGAUUACCAACUCGAUGAGAAUGAUAAACUUACAAAUAUUUUCUGGGCCGAUAGUAUAUGCAGAAAAAACUACUCAUUGUUUGGUGAAGUGGUGUCUUUCGACUCCACAUACCGCUUUAAUAGGUAUGACUUGGUGUUUGCCCCUUUCACUGGAGUUAACAACCACAAAUCUUGUGUUACAUUUGGUGCUGCUUUUUUAUGGAAUGAGAAGCAAGAAUCUUAUAUAUGGUUGUUCAAGACUUUCUUAAAAGCAAUGUGUGGGGUUGCACCUAAGCUAAUCAUUACCGAUGAUCAAAGCAUGAGAAUAGGGAUAGAACAUGUUUUCCCGAACACUAUACAUAGACUUUGCAUGUGGCACAUCCUCAUGAAGCUUACGGAAAAAGUUGGUGCGACCCUAAAAAAUAGUCCAGAUUUCCAUGAACAGUUUAUGUCAUGUGUUUGGGGAUCAGAGACACCAAACGAGUUCGAGUCAAAAUGGUGUUCAAUAAUUAAUGAUUUCGGGCUAGAUGAUAAUACAUGGUUGUAGAAGAAGUAUGAGUUACGACGAUCAUGGAUUCCGGCAUAUUUUACUGAUUUCCACCUUGGCGGAAUCUUGCGUACCACAUCAAGAUCUGAGAGUGAGAAUACAUUCUUCAGACACUUUACUAACCGGAACCUUGCCUUGAUUGAAUUUUGGGUCAGAUUUGAAACAGCUUUGGAGGAACAACGGCAAAAAGAAUUACAAGAAGAUAAUGCUAGCCUUCAUACACUGCCUAUACUCAAGACUUGUUGGAGUAUCGAGAGUCAUGGUAGAGAAGUGUAUACUCAUGAGGUUUUUGCUGAAUUUCAGAGUCAGGUGCUAGCAGCGAGGGAUUAUUGUCAUGUCAAAACAAUCACGCAGAUUGGAUGUUUGAAUCCUUGGGUAUCAUUUGCCGUCGCAUCAUUGUUGUCCUAAAGAAUGAGGGCUGUAAUGAAAUUCCUAGUCAAUAUGUGCUACAUAGGUGGACUAAAAUGGCUGCGCGACACCUUGCCUAUGAUGCCAACGACCAUGAGCUACAAGGGUCAUCUACAUGUCUUCCACCUGUCAUAAAGAAGUUGUACGCGGAAACAUGUUCAAAUUUCAGCCUGGCAUUUCAUGUCGCAAAACAUAGUGAGGAGAAGAUGAGAUAUCUUCACAAGGCUAUUGGUGAUGCCUACACACAAUUGGGGCAGGAGGGAACAGUUAGUGAGCAAAGUAAAGUUCAAGAAUUUGAAUCCUUCGUUGGAACAUCAUUCCCAACUGUGAUCAACAUUCACCCACCAGAUGUAGCAAAAACAAAAGGGAGUGGUAAGAGAUUGAAAAGGGGCUCGAAGCAGACCGUGACCCAAAAGAAAAAGAGGGCCAAAGAGCAUCACAAAAAUAAGUAGUUGUGGUGGUCUCACUGAUGCGAUGUUGGAAUAAUUAUUUUUAGUCAUUUUGUGUAGACUUGGUAUAGUGGAAAUCAAUCCAUUCAAGUCUGUGCUUCUCUGUCAUUUACGCACUUUGAUUGUUCCAGUGCAAAAUGGCCGUAUGUAAGAAGUGAAUUUGCCAUGCCAAAUAUAUGCAACAAG